UUCUUAGUAUUUCCAGUGAUCAGUGCCUCUCUACAUCUAAUUUAUCUCCAUUCCCUUCUUCACAAUCACUAUUUCUUCUUAAUUAGCAUAUACUCCUGAUCCUGUUCUUUAUUCUAGUCUGUGAAAGUAAGAUGAAGCUCGUGUUUGCAAAUGUGCUACUUGUGUGCCUUGUCCUCAGCACCUCUUUGUUGGAAGUCUCAAUGGCUGGCUCUGCUUUCUGUGACUCCAAGUGUGCACAGAGGUGCUCCAAAGCGGGUUUUCAGGACAGAUGCUUGAGGUUCUGCGGGAUCUGCUGCGAAAAGUGCAAGUGCGUUCCUUCUGGGACUUACGGGAACAAGGACGAGUGUCCUUGCUACAGGGACUUGAAGAACUCCAAAGGCAGGAGCAAAUGCCCUUAAUUAAUUCAUACAUUCCUAUAUAUCCUAUCUAUCUGUGCAUCACACUCUAAAUCUUCUAUUCCACAAAACUGGCAUGUAUAUCUCCAGGCUUAUGAGAUAUUAAUCCGCCAUGGAUCCUAAUUCCUAGCUAGCUGAUUAAGUUUUCACAGCAGUUUAGAUUACUAUUUAUGAAGUCCUUUAUCAUGUUUUAUGUAUACAUAUAUAGAAAUUUGAUCACGGGAAUUGAAUGUAGGUGUGAAGCGAAGGGGAAUAA